GUGCUCUCCCCUUUCAUCCAGUUUGCGGAGGGUCGCUUAUCGCCCCUGAAUGGGUCUUGACGGCCGCCCACUGCGUUCACAAAGAAAGAAAAGUUGGAAUGCCCGAAAAAGCGGAACUCCGGGUGAUGUUUCUCUCUUACGACUUUCUCGUCCCGCUAGUCUUAAUCGAUAUGUGCAACUGAUUGAUUUACCUACAAAAAACGAGGUCUUCAUGUCCGAUGAGUGCUGGAUUACAGGCUGGGGAGCGAGUCACGUUGAUCCCAAGAGGACGUUUCCAGACGUUUUAAACGAAGCCCAGAUGACAGUGCUGAAUAAUCCCGACUGUGCCCGUCGGUUUUCCUCGCUCGGACAUAUAUAUGACAGUCAUAUAUGUGUGUUCAGCGAGGAAGCCGUAGCCUGUUAUGGCGACAGCGGUGGACCGUUAUCCUGCAGGAACCCGGAUGGGACGUGGGUGGUGGCCGGUGUGACGUCAUGGGGAUCCAGCCUGUGUAAAGAGAUGCCAGCGGUCUACACAAGAGUGUCAACGUACGUAGAUUGGAUAUACGAACACAUGAAGACUCCUUAUGAUACUCCGGAAACUACAGGGACAUCAUCACUCGAUGAAGUAAAGCAAUCCGAAAGAACUUAA